AUUUAUACAUAUUACGUAUUCAUAAUUCAUAUGUGGUGGGAAUAAUGUUAUUUUUAGUCUUACGACGUUGGGAAAUACCAUCAAUAAGAUAAUCCGUGCGCUCCGUCGCGCGUCGCCACGAUUUUAGUGUAUAUAAUUAUUUGUAUAUGUAUUAUACUUAUUACAGGCAUUAAUAAUAAUCAUUUCUUCUAUGGGUAUUGCUAUUAAUUUUUAAAUAUUAUCAGUUGCGUUUGCGUCGUGUUAGUCCCCGUUUCAGUUUUGUUUCGUUUUUACUCUUCAAAGUUCAAGGAUAAUAUACUUAAAUUUAAAUUUGUGUUUUUAAUAAUAUCCAUUUGGCAUUAUUAUGAAACGAUUUUUAGUAAAUAAAUCAACAGUGAGCACUCCGGUGAGCACGGACAAGUCGAUCACAACAAAUGUUAUGAAUUUAACUCCAACUGAUGCAAAACAAUCAGAAUCUAGUUUUGAUGAAGAAGUGUUUGACAUAAGUAAUAAUAUUGAUGAACAGGCAGUUCAGCCUAGUAUUUACUUGUUUCCUCGUCGGAUGAUAUACAACAAAUAUCGAUCAUUUAAUUCGUCAUGGUAUUCAAAAUAUCCAUGGAUUGAGUACUCUAAACAAAAAGACAGAAUUUAUUGUUAUUACUGUCGGCAUUUUGCUAUAAAUGUAAGUAACACCUCAGGACAACAAGUUUUUAUUAAACAAGGCUAUUGUGACUGGAAACGAAUUACUGAUUGUACAAUUAAACAUCAAAAUUCUGCCAUUCACAAAUUAAGCUUAGAAAAAUAUAAAGCUUAUAAAACUUCAAAAACAUCUGGUGCUGUAUCAUGUCAAGUAAAUAAUUUUACUCAGCAACAAAUAUUAAAAAAUCGCGAUGUAUUAAAAUCGUUGAUUAGAAUGGCACUUUAUUGUGCUCGUCAAGAUAUUAGUCUUCGUGGUCAUCGAAAUGAAAAGCUACAAAUUUCAGAUGACAAUCAUUCUACAUCUAAUAGUUCUGUUAGUGUUACUACAGAAAUAGAGCAUUAUAGAAAUCAAGGGAAUUUUUUAGAGUUGGUUAAACUGUCAAGUUUAGAAAACAAGAACUUUGAAUCAAAUCUGAUGUCACUUCCAAAAAAUGCCAAGUACACAUCAAAUUUAAUUCAAAACGAUAUUCUGGAAGCAGCUGCUAUUGUUGUUGGUCGUAGUAUUGUAAAUGAAAUUAAAAAAGGUAGUCAUGUAUUCAGUAUAAUUGCAGAUGAAGCACGUGAUAUUGGUAAAGAAGAACAAAUGAGUUUGUGUAUAAGGUACGUUUCAGAUUGUAUAAUAAAAGAACGUUUCCUGGGUUUUAUUUUAUUAAAGGACCUUGAUGCUCAAAGUUUGUGUAACACUAUUCAUAAGUUUUUAGUUAGUAUAAACUUAGAUAUAACAAAAUGUAUUGCACAGUCUUAUGAUGGUGCAUCUGUGAUGUCAGGUUGUAAUAAUGGAGUACAAGCCAAAAUUCGUGAAUUAUCAAAAAAUGCAUGUCCAUAUGUGCACUGUUACGCUCAUAGGCUCAAUUUAGUUUUAGUGGACACAGCAAAAAAAGUUGAAGCACUGGAUGAAAUAAUAGGAUUGUUAGAAGCAAUUUAUGCUUUUCAAAGCUUUUCUACGAUAAGACAUAAUGCUUUUAUACAAGCUCAAAAAGACUGUGGCAAAAUUAUUGAAGUCCCUCAACAUUGUGAAACUAGAUGGGUUUCCAAGUAUAAAGGUGUUCACUUUUUCAAAAGUAAAUUUAAAUGUGUAAUUGUUGCAUUAACAGAAUGUUCUAAAAAUUCAAAAAAAAAGGAAGCUGCCGAGGCUCGUGGUCUUCUACAUCAAUUUUCUUCAUUUCAUGUAAUUUUAACUCUAUUUUACUUGGAUGAUAUUUUAGGUAUUAUUAACAACUUAUCAGUUUAUUUGCAAAAAUCUUCUCUAGAUAUUAUCAAGUGUUUGAAAUUAGUAAAGUCAACAACAAUUUUAUUACAAAAUAUGAGAAAUGAAGACAAAUUUAAUAAAUUAUUUGAUGAAUCUGUGAUUGCUGCUCAAGAGUUAAAUAUAACAAUACCAUGUAACCAAACUGCUACAACUUCACUUUCUAUGCCAAGAAGAAAAAUGAAUUUACCAUCAAAAUUGAACAAUAGUUAUGUUUAUUCUACAGUUGGUAAAAAUAAUUCUCUCAAAUUCCAGACUGUAAAUGAAAAAGAUGAAAUUCGACAUCAAUAUUUUGAAAUUAUAGACACAAUUAUUAGAGAAAUGAAUUCUAGAUUUGAUGAAAACAUAGGUAUAUUAACUGCUGUUGAUGCAUGUGAUCCAAAUUCCAGUAAUUUUAUGGAUAUUGAAAAAUUGAAAUACUUGGUAAAUAUUUAUGGACAAGACAACAUGUGUAAUAUGGAAACUAUUGCUUCUCAAUCAAUUUUAGUAAAAAAUAUGUUUGAAAAUACUACAAUUAAUAUUGUAGAGCUUCACAAAGAAUUAACAAUUAUGAAACCUGCUUUUCAAGAAAUUAAUGAAAUAGUUACUCGAGUUUUAGUUAUACCUGUCACUAGUGCGACUGCUGAGAGGAGCUUCUCAGCAAUGCGCAGAAUCAAGACAUAUUUAAGAUCAACAAUGACAAGUGAAAGACUUCAUAAUACUGCAAUUUUAUCAAUCGAGAGGGAACUGAGUGGGCAGUUAAUACAAGAUCCAACAUCAGUCAUAAAUGAAUUUGCAACAAGCAAAAACCGUAGAUUAUCAUUUUCUUUAUAA